AUGAAGAACAGCAUUAGAAAUUGGGUGACACUAAUAGUUUUAGUGUGGAUAUGUUUUAGUGUGAAUGUGUUGGAAGGUUUGCGUUCUGUACCAAAUCUCGGGGAGGGAAAAAGAUGGGCUGUUCUUGUUGCUGGUUCAAGGGGUUACGAGAAUUACAGGCACCAAGCUGAUGUCUGCCAUGCCUACCAAGUGUUGAAGAAAGGAGGGCUUAAAGAUGAAAACAUAAUUGUUUUCAUGUAUGAUGACAUUGCCAACCACACACGAAACCCAAGGCGUGGCAUUAUAAUCAAUAAACCAAAUGGCCCUGAUGUUUACAAAGGAGUUCCCAAGGAUUACACUGGAGAUGCUGCAAAUAAAAACAACUUUUUUGCUGUGAUUAGUGGCAACCGAGGUGCUCUCUCUGGAGGCAGUGGCAAGGUUGUGGAUAGUGGUCCAAAUGACACCAUUUUCAUUUACUAUUCGGACCAUGGCAGUGGGGGUCGGGUUUACAUGCCAGUUGGUGACCCUGUCAUGGCCUGCGAUUUCGUCCAUGUGUUGAUGAAGAAACACGCCACUAAAUCUUACAAAAAGAUGGUGAUAUACUUGGAAUCAUGUGAAUCUGGGAGCAUGUUUAAUGGGAUUCUUCCGAAUAACACAAACAUAUAUGCGACAACAGCUUCUGACUCGACUGAGCAGAGCUGUGCAUUUUAUUGUCCUGAUACGAUACCUCGAUCACCACCUGGGUAUAAUAUUUGUUUGGGAGAUGCAUACAGCGUUGCGUGGUUAGAAGACAGUGAGGAGAAUGAUAUGACGAGAAAAACUUUGCAGCAACAAUACGAAACCAAUGAUGUUGUAGCUACCUACAUUGGUGCAUCCCCCGUUCAUAAGGAAAAGACAUAUUCCUCUGAAAUGACUACUGCUCAAACUGGUCGUAUCAGGCAACGAGAUGUUCAUUUACUCUAUCUUAGGCUCCAGUUGCAGAAGGCUCCAGAUGGAUCUGAGGAGAAGUUGAAAGCUCAGAAAGAGUUAGAUGAUGAAAUUGCUCAUAGGAAGCAUGUUGAUAAUGUUUUCCAUCUCAUAGGGGAUCUCUUGUUUGGAGAAGAUAACAGUUCUACUAUGAUGUUCCAUGUUCGUCCACCAGGCCUGCCUCUUGUUGAUGAUUGGGAUUGUUUUAAGACCCUUGGCACAAUUUCAGGAAACACAAAUACAACUAAGGAGGUCCUUGUGGAAAUUAAAAAGAGGUUUGUUAAGAAUGAAAAGUCUAAGAACAUGUUAAGAAGCAUUGCAAUAAUCAUCACACGUGAUGUGCUAAGAAAGGUUCCGUUUGGAUUAUUUUACUCCGAUAUUUCACUUGCUCAUAGAGCUGCUCCAUCACUUGGUCCACGUUUUCAUUUUUGCAUUGAAUAA